UUCUUGUGUGGAUACAUUUUCCAGUUUGAUUCUUCUGAAGAGGAUUGGUCAGAUUUUUUUUUACAGCUGCCUGCUGCAGCUCAGUCUCGGUACUUUGGACAAUAUAACUGAGCAGACGUAAGUGCACUUCACUGAACUGGCAACAGUUCUUUACAGAAAUGAAGCCCAUCGUCUCUCACAGAGCGCUGUCACUCUUCCUUAUCCCCUUCUUCAUGUUUCCCUCUGGGUCUGCCACAAUGGCAAUCCCAGCUGAGCACCGCACGGCCAAUGGAAGCCGGGGAGGCAUCAGCUUGCUCAUGCUGACUGGCCACAGCAGCAAGCGAACGACACCGACCCUGUCCCGGACAAAAACGGCAAUAAAGAGAGUUGAAGCCCUUCCGAAACCCUUGUCACAGAUCAUGCUUCCCAGAAAUGUGACUAGAAAUGCCCUCAGGCCCCCGCUUGGUGCUGCCCAGGUAGAGCCGGCGCCAAAACACAUUGUGGACGUAGAUAUCUGCAGGGGUUACUAUGACGUGAUGGGGCAUUAUGACCUCACCUUCAACUGCACAAAAGGCACUUUCAUAUACUGCUGCGGGACCUGUCACUACCGUUUCUGCUGCCAGCACAGAAGCAACCGCUUGGACCAGGACGCCUGCAACAACUACCACUCCCCGCACUGGGCCAACACCCAACCUCCGGGGAUAUAUCCAACAGGCAACUCCUUGGACCCAGACUUUGACCCUCUCAAAGGACACCGCAGCAACACAGCAUUUGUGAUCGGGGGAGUUAUCUCCUUCACCCUGGUGGUGGCAGUGGGCAUCAAGGUGGCCUUCCACAAGGUUUCACGUCGCCCCAGAAAUGCUGAGGACAGAGCUCUGGUAGAUAUCCUACGCCAUCAGUCCAGCCCAGUUCAGCCAGAGGAAAGGAACAACAUCACGGCCGUUGGCACUGGGGGAACUGAAGGGACCACUGACCCAAAAGGCCUUUACACCCCCGUCCAUCAGAGCAAAGACAAUCGCAUGCGCAUGAAUAAUGCCCAGCUGGCUUCUUCUGGGACACUGAUCUCCACCAAACACAAGAAGAUGGCUAGCCAACAGCCUUCCUUCUAUCACUCUUUCCACAACCUGGCACAGCUGCCCCCUUCCUAUGAGGCUGCCACUAACUCUGAGAUCAGCAGAUACAGCUCCCUGAAGAGGCUGGAAAAGGCCCAACUAGGGGAUUACUCGGGCUACUGCACUUCCAAACGAAGGCCCAAGAAUGCCCCUCCUUCAUUUCAUUCUUCCCAGCACCACCUUCCCUGGGGUGGGGACUAUACCAUGGGGACCAUGGGGACCAAGGGGACCCUCCCUCAACGUGGCACGCGACCAGCAUCCGCAUUACCCUCAACCCAUUAUCCCUUAAAAGCCCAACAUAAUGCAAAGUAUGACACGCUGUCCAAGCCCCCACGAAGAGUGAGGUCCCAAGACCAGCUGCUUACAAUGGGCGAUGGAAAUACGUUAUCCCGACUAUCCAAAAACCAGCAGCAACAGUAUUACAAAGCCAUGGCAGCUGCUAAGAAGCCAAACUCUCAAAACAUCCGGAAGUCACAAGAAAGGAUUCUUGUGUCCCCUGAUCAGCUAGGGGAAAGGGCAGGAGGUGAGGCAGGGGUGGGAGAUUAUAGAGGGCUGGUGCAAACUCUGCCUCGACUUCCACAGCACAAAAAAUCACAGUCCCAACAAAACGUCAAUGCCUCCACGCUCGAUCGCCACCAAAUGAUCAAGAUGAACUCCCACCCAACCUCUGGAAAGGAGCAGGAGAGGAAUGUGCCUGUGCCAAGCCAGGGGGGUGGACCUCCAAUGUGGAUGGACUCACCUGGGGGAGGAACAGGAACAUUAACGGGUCAGAAUGCCAAGAGGUUAGCCUUUGCAACCAAGCGGCAAAACAAUAUUGAGCAGUUCAUCCCUGGUGUUGGUGCUCCAGGAGGAGGGGGGGCAUCCAGUGACAACAGGAAACCAGGCAAGGACGAGACGAGAAACAUUUCUUCAGUCAGAUCACAGGGAGAAAGAGCAUGCGGCCACAUGCAGCCGCCUUUAGUGAAAGCGCUGCAGCUGGCAUCUUUUCAAGAGCACUCCUACUUUUUUGUGCUGCCGCUUGGGCGCUUCAAGUUCAAAAUAGUGUAA